AGUAAAAAUAAAAAAUAAAAAAAUCUCACCUUAGGAAAACCAUUUCUUCUUCUUCUUCUUCUUCUUAUCUAGAGAGAUCCAAAGAGAUUCAGAGAGGGAAAGAAGAGAACUUUGUAACCAAAAAAUCGGUUCAAAUCAGAAUAUCACACAAUGCCUACGUUGAGAACGAGAGCUAAAUGUUCGAUUCCCACCACAAACCCUAAUCCAACCGUCGGAGGAGGAAACCCAAACGUCUCCUCCGUCUACGAGAAAUGCAGAGAAGACAGGAUCAAGGAGAAUCUUCAGAGGAUGCAGAGUCUCGGAAUCUUAGAUCUCUCCCUUAAACUCAAAUCCGAUACCCGACCCGUUAAAAGGCGUUACGGUUGUAAAUCCCCGCGAGACACUCCUCCUUCUCCUCUUCAGCUUUCAGUCUCCACCAGACGAUCCUCAAGAUUGAAGCAGGAACCACCAAUUACUCGGAGAUCCUCUAGAUUGAAGGAUGCUGCGCCAGUUACCUAUGCUGAGGAACCUGUAGUGAAGAGGGGUAAAAAAGCAUCUAAAGAUGAGAUUGUUAUGUGGGUAGGAGAAGGCGUAAGGCCAGAGAUUUACACUGACGAACAUGAGAAACUGCUAGGUAACACUGAACGAACUUGGGAGCUUUUCGUCGAUGGUUACGACAAAGAUGGUAAACGCAUUUAUGAUCCUGUUAGAGGAAAGACUUGCCACCAGUGCAGGCAGAAGACCCUCGGUUAUCAUACCAAAUGCAGCGAAUGUAAUCCAUCCGUCCGAGGUCAAUUCUGUGGAGAUUGUUUAUACAUGAGAUAUGGAGAACAUGUUCUUGAAGCUCUGGAAAACGUGAAUUGGAUUUGUCCAGUCUGUCGCGGGAUCUGCAACUGCAGUUUAUGUCGUACACAAAACGGGUGGCUCCCAACUGGUGCAGCUUACAGGAAGAUACUUAAACUCGGGUACAAGUCUGUUGCACAUUAUCUGAUUCAAACCAACAAGCAGUCGGAAACAAGUGAGGAUGAUGAAACUGAUGCCGCUGAAGAUAAUCAAGCUUCUGCAAAGAGAUCGCUUUCUUUCAAAGAAGCAAAGGAAUCUGCGGAAGAAGAUCAUCUCCUUCUGACGAUUACUGAUGGGCUUCGAGACGUUGAUAAUGUUGAGGAUGGCACAAACAAGAAUCCGGAUUCAGCUAGAAAGUCAUUGGGCUUCUUGUCUUCUGGGGACAAUCAAACUUCAGUGAAUGAUGUUCAAGUGCUAGGCGGUGGUGUCAAGGCAUUGGAUGUGAACGAGAUGGAUCCAGGAACUCCUGUGAUCAUCAACCUUGAGGCUCAAUGCAAAGGGAACCGAGAAAACAUAAGCAAGAGGAAACUGGCUGUUGAACCAAACCCAAACAGCAUCGGUGGAAGACUGAGACAGCGUCGUAAGUGUCAAGUUUGAAAGGAAGAGAGAAGUUUGAGAAGACUAUAUGGAUGGAACUAUGCUUUUGCCUGUCUUGUAUUAUCAGGCUCAUCACAAUUGAAGCUCUUUUUUUAACUUUCUAUCGGAGUAAACAUGGAUCAUGUAAGCACUUGACGGCUUGUCAAAUUUUGUGUUUUGUUGCUGUUGGUGAUGAUCUCAUGUAAUGGAUGUUAAGUAGCAUGGUUUAUAAAGACAAGCUUCACUCACAGUACCACAGGGCCGUGUCCCGUGUGAUACUAGAGAAUCCCCUUA